AUGGUGAGCAAAGAGCCCAACCACUUACUCACAGGCCGAACCAACGGCAAGAGCACCUUGGCGGACAAGUUGCCUGGGACAAUGACUGUGCGCUCUGUGCUGCUCAAUCGAGACUCCCCAGAUAUUGAGAGCCGCCUCAAGCGGCGCCGUAACCGCACACACCAGGUCCGCUUUAAAGACUUGGAGGAUGGCAGCAGCAGCAGUGGCAACAGUGGAACAGGAGAAAACAAUAGCCAUCAGAGGCCUGCCACAGAUUGUGGCAGCCCACAUCCUCUUCGCAAACACAACAGCAGGUCCCCCCAGCCAUGGACUGAAAAGGAUGGGGCACGGACUGAGGGUCUACCUGGCCAAACGUCUGUGGUGGGGGCUGUGCGUGGGGACAUGGCAAGUACUAUAGAGGUGGUGGCCGCUUUCUUAGCCAGGGCCCCUCCUCAUCCAUUGACGCCGGGUCCUACACGUAGAUGCUGGGCACCACCACAGACUAACUCCCUAACCUUGCCAAUGACACGCAAGCCCAGUACGAGCACCAGCACAGCCAUCCAGACCUCCCCAUGCCUGAAAAAGCCCCAGUCCCUCUCUUCCACACACACACGUAGCCACAGCCUGGGGGACUCAGUGGGCAUGGAUGGGGAUGACGAACACGACUCUCAAGAUGAGUACCUUACGCACAACCAUGUGUUGUUGCCGGGGUCCAAAGACCAGAAUGGUCCUCCUGUACCUGGGGAUCGAACUGUGGUAGAAAGGAGGUCUAAAGCCUCCAGGACAGACAUUAAAUCAGCUGUUAGUGUGGCCCCUUACAAUGCUCAGGAUAAGAGGGGCAUUCGACUUCCACCUCCUCCCCCACCACCUCCACCUUACACACCACGCAAAAAUGGAAGUGAUCCACCAGGUCCUGCAAGCCGAACACCCAUGCUCAGGGCAGACAGUAAAAGCAGCAAGAAAGAUAAAGACAGGGACAAUGAGAAAAAGGAAGAUAUAAAAUGUACAGACUCGCCCAACCUCUGUAAGAGAGCCAGCUCUCUGAAGCACAGAGCUCAUACUCCGCCAGUUGCUGGGAUGAAGGAAGAGAAGCAGUCCUCCUCCUCCUCUCCUGCCAAGGCCUGUUUUAAGUCCAGCUGUCUCAGCUCAGCCCAGGCUCAGCUUGGGGCACUGCACAAAAUGCUCUGCUCAGGCGCCAACGCUAGGCCUAACACCCCUAACAGCCAAAACCCUUUCCCUCCAAACCAGCAGGGUUGCUCUGGAGCCAGGGGCUGCACUGCUUCUGGGGAGCGGCCUACUGCUGGGCCCUUGACUGCCACCCAGGCUGACACACUAAGACAGGUCCAGGAAAUUCUGGGAGGGUUGGUGUCUGGGGCCAGGUGUAAACUGGAUCCAUCCAGGGUAACAGAAAAGCUCCUGAGCCCCAACGGACCCCUGCACGAUAUUCGUAGCCUGCAGAACCAGCUCCACAGCCUGGAGGGAGUUCUGGAGACCAGCCAGAACACCAUUAAGGUCCUGUUGGAUGUCAUUCAAGACCUUGAGAAGAAGGAAGCCGAGAGAGACGGAAGACAUUCCUACAGGACCGGACAGGACAUUGAGAACUGUGGGACCUGCAGGGACUGUGCCUGCAUCAUCUACAGUGUAGAGCAUGACUUUCGUCUGCAGGAAGGGCAGGUGGUACGCACAUGGAAGGUGGGCGACCCUCCUGAGGGCUCACCACAGCCCGCCACUCCCCAGCCCACCACACCCAACCAACAAGACUCCCCUCAACUGGUGCGACCCCCUGCCACCACCAAGAAGAACAGGAAGAAAUGUUUCUGGUUCCUCUGA